AUGACAGAUAUAUCCAAUGGAGCUGAUAUUAAUGACCAGUUUCAGUCAACUCUGGACAAUGUUGACGAGAUGUUUUCGAAAUUGAGUAUCCCUGAAAUUCAGCGAUUAUCAUCUCAAUACAAUGCAAUCAUUGCAACAACAAAAGAUGAACUACAUAAUCUUGUCAGUGACAAAUAUCGUGAUUUGAUCAAGAUUGCUGAAGAUAUUGGUGAUUUACGAAAUAAAUCAUUAACAAUUGAAGAAAAUCUACAAGAAAUCUCGUAUAAACCAUCAACGUUUGUAUCCCCAUAUAAGGAUUCAUACGCUAAAUUCGAUUCCAUUGUACGAGAUCAAAAUGCAACUGAAGCUAAACGAAAUUCGAGAUCAGUUAUAGUUCGAAACGUUAUUCAAAAGAGAUUGGCUAAAUUGGCCAGCAAGGUCUCAUGUGAAGGACCCAGUCCGUUGCUUCAUACAUCCAACUUCAUACCAUUUGCGAAGGAGCUAUACACGAUAGAAAUUGUUUUCCAAGAUGUAUUGAAUGAAAAGAAAGAUCUUCAGAAGCAAAUAAAAAACAUCAAGCACCACUUGCUUGAAUACUUUGAGUAUGAGAUAUCGGUCUAUAAUUUUCCCUUGACGCUGUUCAAUUCCAACGAUAAAUUCAGUCUUCGUCAACGGUUUUUAGAAAAGGAUUUCAUUACGGAUCCACAAUCGAAGCUUGCUGAUAAUAUUUCAAUUAUUGGAGACGACUUUGAUGAGUUUUCAGAUGAAGAUGACGAUAAUUCCUAUGACGAAGUUCAAGAAAAGCAUGAAAGAUUUGAUAAAUUGGACACCUUCAAACACACAAACUAUAAUAGAAACGUCCUGGCCUUGUGUAAUUAUUUGGUGUGUUACACCAUAUUAUCAAAUGACAACUCAAGCAGUGAAGCCGUAAAACACAAGUUGAUAGACCUCAGAAUGACGUAUUUGAACAAGUUGCUAAAUUUGCUGGACCAGAAUAACCACACUGUCAAUUAUCGCCUGGUAUUUUUGUAUUUGGAAAACACAUGCAAUUACCUUAGAGGCUACUUUGGAGAUUCAGCUAGCAGUGAUUAUUUUCGGACUCUUCGAGACAUAGCUAAGCCAUGGAGUUUGGUAGAGCUUGUCGGCCAUAAAGGGUGGAUUGAUGAUAAGAAAGUUGAUUUUGGUGAAGCUAUUGAUGUAAAACGAGAAAAGACAGAGGUAAGUCUAAAGGACUUUGACAAACUUAUGGGUUUCAUCUCGCAAUUAGUUACUAGCUCAUCUCAGUCUGAAGCAUCACUCACGAUAGAUGCUCUCUCUACAUCCAUUGUCAAAUAUUACAAUUUCAUAAUAAGUUUGAAAACAUUGGAUGAUGCAACCAAGAAUACUGGCUCACUCUCUCAAUUGGUUGAACUUGUUUCUGAAUCACAAUUACUCAAUAAAAUGUCGGAAAACCUUGAGGUCUUAAUCAAAAAGAUUUAUGAAAGCCACAUAUCGAAAUUAAUGAGUGAAAAAGGAGUACUAGGAACAGUAUUAGAUGUUUUAGAAAGUGCAAUCAGUCAACGGGCCAUUCACAAUGCAUUUGACGCUGACGUGGUAAAUUUGAUGGAUUAUAACCUUGGUGAAUAUAUGAACUUAGUUAUGAACAAUGACCAACAUGCCAACAAAACUCCAUAUAACACCACUCACCAAUUGAAUCAAUGGUUAAAUGAGUGUUUCCAAUUGAGAAAGAUUACCGAUUUCGAUCGUGAUACUUCUCUGUUGUUCAUGGGACAAAAGGAUAUCUAUGACUAUCUUCCUCAAUUAUACCACAAUUUACAAAAUGAUGGAGUAAAAUGGGGCGACUUCACCGCUAAUACCUUGAAAGAACGAUUUCAAACACUCCACGCAACCGUGAAUCAAAGUUUCAACCAAGAGAUUUCGAAAUUCUGUACAUAUUUGCUAAAGUUGAGUGCUGAAAAAGGUGAAGUUAGCAAAUUGAUAUACCUAAUUGGACUUUUGACAAGUUUACGAGAUGUAAUUAAAUACAACAGUACCGAGACAAACAAUGAUACAAAGGAAUUGAUAACCACAAUGGAUUCUAAUAUUGACAAGUUGUUCCAAAAAGUUGUAUCUCGUGUAUUGGAUGAUAAAGUUGACCAUAUACGACAAUUGAUUUUGACAAAAGAGUCAGAGGUUGAUGCAGUUGAUAUACCAACAAGACCCAAUCUUCUGUUGGCUCUGAGAUUGUAUGAAUUAGCUCAAAUAUUCCUUACACAAGCGAAUAAAAUCGAGUCUAAGAAUGUGAGUUUGUUUCUGAACUCAUCAUCGACACUGGACCAAUUUGUUAAAGUGAAGAACGAGUGGUUUGAGAAGCUGAUCGAAAUGAUCGUGUCUAAAAUCAACACUUCUAAGGAUUUCGAGAGUGACAAAAUUGAAGCGAAAGAAAAUAAAGUUGUAGGAUCUAAUGGAGACUCAGAACAUGAGGCAAAGGAGAACAAAUUCGAAAACUGCAAUGGAGAAUCAGAGAAGAUGAAACAUAAAGAGACAAAAUCCAACGGAAACUCAGAACUUAAGGCAAAGGAGAAUGAAGUAGCAGAACCCAACAGAGGCUCAUCACAAUCACGAACUUCUACACUACAAACAGCAGCAAACAUUGCAUUCAUACAAUUAUUUUACAAAUCCAAAAUUGAUGCUCAGAUCAUCAAAAAUAUAAGCGACUCCAUUCAUGCCACAGCUGAUCAACCAUUCAACGAGAAUACUUUGGAGAUUAUAUCAAGUGGUGUUUCUUCAUUUUACAAAACUAGGAAAAAUGUAUAUUUACCUCUACUGUCGUAA